GACGGCAGCGCGCACCUGCACAGACCCUCACCGCAGGGCAACCCGCCGGGCAGCCGCCAGCCAGACGCGCAGAGCUGCAGGGCUUUGGAAGCAGGCCCCCUCUGUGAUCCAGAACCAUUUGGCAGCUUAGCAGGAAGUUACAGAACCUCCAGACCUAGUGCUGAUAAAGCAGGCAGUGAGGAAGAGAGCUCCCGGAAGAGGCGGUUGCCUGUGGUAAGCUCAGUAGUCAAAGUGAAAAAGUUCUGUAACGAUGGGGAAGAUGAUGAUGAUGAUGAAGACUACGGAUUGCGAACAGGAAGCAUCUCCAGCAGUGUGUCUGUACCUGCAAAGCCAGAAAGAAGACCUUCAUUGCCACCUUCAAAACAGGCCAAUAAGAAUUUAAUACUGAAAGCAAUCUCUGAAGCACAGGAAUCGGUUACAAAAACAACCAAUUAUUCCGCUGUUCCACAGAAACAGACUGUUCCAGUUGCACCAAGAACUCGAAUUAGCCCAGAAGAAUCUCAGUUAGAAGUUAUCCAUGUGCAAAACAGGUUGCCUGCUCUGAGUUCUCAGCUUCAAGUAGAAGAGCCAAAGGAGCAGACAGCUGAAGGAAUUCAAGGAGCUGAACAAAAGGAGCUCUCUUCUCGACUCCAGGUCGAUGCUGCGAUUGAAGAUACCUUGCAAGUGACUCCAGAUUACUAUGAUACCGAAUCCAUGGUCCAUACAGAUACUAGGUCGUUUAUCCUGAAGAAGCCCAAGUUGUCUGAGGAGGUAGUGCCACAGAAUCAGCAGCUGGGAAGGAGGGCCACGGAGGCAAUGCGAGUGCUCUCAGGACGUCUCAUACAGACACGAGACCAGCUUGCACAGCCAGAGAAACCAGCUAGUCCCAAGUUCAUCGUGACACUGGACGGUGUGCCCAGCCCACCAGGAUACCUUUCUGAUCAAGAAGAGGAAGAUAUGUGUAUAAUUGAAGGAUUAAAGCCAGUUACCCAAAAUAUGUAUGCCAGCAAAGGAGUAAAAGGCCUUCGAGCACAACAGAUGCAAAUUGUCACGAGGCAGCUGGAGAGCUGUGAUGUGGAUAUGGAACAGUUAAAUGUGCUGCAAAAACAGGAGAAGGUGCUUGAGCGCUGCAAGUACUGGCCUGCCUGUAAAAAUGGAGAUGAGUGCGUGUACCAUCACCCCACGCUACCCUGCAAAGUUUUUCCUAAUUGCAAAUUUGCUGAUAAGUGCUUGUUCAUCCACCCAAACUGUAAAUACGAUGCCAAGUGCACUAAGCCAGACUGUCCUUACACUCAUGCCAGUCGACGAACGCCACAUGCAACUCCUAAACCAGCACCACUACCCGCACUAUCUAUAUCCUCCAGUAGUCCGCUGUGCAAGUUUUUUCCUGCUUGUAAGAAAAUGGAAUGUCCAUUUUACCACCCAAAACAUUGCAGGUUUAAUACCCAGUGUACGAGGCCAGACUGCACUUUUUACCAUCCAACGGUUGCUGUACCUCCACGCCAUGCCUUGAAAUGGACUCGGACUCAAACCAGUGAAUGAUUGUGGUGCACCUGCAGACUGCUGAUGGCCUCCUUGGAACAGCAGCAGAAGAUGAAGCACUGGGGCACAGGAUGUUAGAAAAAUUCAUACAUUUUGGACUUUUACUAUACAUUGUUUUCAUAAAAUGAGGUUGAUUGAUUACUUGAAAUGUCUCUAAUUUUGCAAGUUUGUAAGCUUGAGAAUUUUACAUUUUUUUUACACUGUAAGAAGAAAAUGUCUGUGUAAGAAAAGUUUUACUUUAAUUUCCAUUAAAAACUUUCAAAGCA